AUGGCUUUGCUCCAGUACCAGGCGCCGGUUGACUAUGCCGCGCAAUUGGAUGGCUUCAAAGAUUUUCUGCAGCACUUCAAGACCCUCCAGUCGACCUCGGAAGCCGCCGCGACCGAGGCGAUGGAGGAUCUGAACAUUGACGGAAACCGCACCAGUGAUGAAUACGACUUCAUGGACGACGCCGAAGAUGGCGCUGGAGCGCAAACUCGGAGUGCCAGGAGGCACCGCGAGCCGAAGCUCAAGUACAUGCAGAUUCUGCAAGAUAUCGCCAACCGCGACGUUUCGAAUAUCGUGAUUGAGCUUGAUGAUCUGGAUGUUUAUGAGAAAAACAUUCCCGAGGAACAGAGUCUGAAGCUAGUCGAAUCGAUCCAGAAAAACACCAAGCGCUACAUCGAUGUCGUUUCGCAGGCGGUGGAUGCGAUCAUGCCCAAGGAAACCAAGGAUGUCACUUUCAAGGACGAUGUUCUGGAUGUCAUCAUGUCGCAACGUGAUAAGCGCAAUGAGACAAUGGAGAUGGCCAUGGAGGCCGACAUGGAUACUGCGGACGCUGCGUCCAUGUUCCCCCCUGAACUCACCCGCCGAUACACCCUGAACUUCAAGCCUCUUACUCCCUCCGCAUCCAGUGAUGACCGCGCUGGAAAGGCUCUUGCCGUCCGAAAUGUGCGAGGCGAGCACCUGGGCAGUCUGAUUACUGUUCGCGGCAUCACCACUCGUGUCUCCGAUGUCAAGCCCGCCGUUCAAAUCAACGCGUACACCUGUGACCGAUGCGGUUGCGAGGUUUUCCAGCCUAUCACCACCAAGCAGUUCCUUCCCCUCUCCGAAUGCUUGUCCAACGAGUGCAAGGCGAACAACUCCAAGGGCCAGCUCUUCCUCUCGACCCGCGCCUCCAAAUUCGUUCCCUUCCAGGAGGUGAAGAUCCAGGAAAUGGCGGAUCAAGUGCCCGUUGGCCACAUCCCCCGAACUCUCACUGUUCACUGCCACGGCGCCCAGACCCGUCAGUUGAACCCAGGUGAUGUCGUUGACAUUGCUGGCAUCUUCUUGCCUACCCCCUACACUGGAUUCCGUGCCAUUCGCGCCGGCCUCUUGACCGAUACCUACCUCGAGGCUCAGCACAUUACCCAGCAUAAGAAGUCUUACAACGACAUUGGCAUGGACAGUCGGACUCUGCGCAAAAUUGAACAGCACCAGAAGUCGGGCAACAUGUACGAAUAUCUCUCUCGCUCGAUCGCUCCCGAAAUUUACGGACAUCUUGAUGUGAAGAAGGCAUUGCUUCUGCUUCUGAUUGGCGGUGUCACCAAGGAGAUGGGCGACGGUAUGCACAUUCGUGGUGAUAUCAACAUCUGCUUGAUGGGUGACCCUGGUGUGGCCAAAUCACAAUUGCUUCGUUAUAUUACCAAGGUUGCUCCUCGUGGUGUCUACACCACCGGUCGUGGUAGCAGUGGCGUCGGUCUUACUGCGGCUGUGAUGCGAGACCCGGUCACCGACGAGAUGAUGCUGGAGGGAGGUGCACUGGUUCUUGCUGAUAAUGGUAUUUGCUGUAUUGACGAGUUCGACAAGAUGGAAGACUCGGACCGUACCGCUAUCCACGAAGUGAUGGAACAGCAGACCAUUUCCAUUUCCAAGGCUGGUAUUACCACCACCCUGAACGCCCGCACUUCCAUCCUGGCUGCGGCCAACCCCUUGUACGGACGGUACAACCCCCGUGUAUCUCCCGUUGAGAACAUCAACCUCCCCGCUGCUCUGCUGUCCCGUUUCGAUGUGAUGUUCCUGCUUCUGGAUACCCCGACCCCGGAGGGUGACGAGGAGCUUGCCAACCACGUUACUUAUGUGCACAUGCACAACAAGCACCCUGAGAAUGAGGACACUGGUAUCAUGUUCACACCACAUGAGGUCCGUCAAUACAUUGCCAAGGCACGUACUUUCCGACCUGUCGUGCCUUCCACCGUCUCUGACUACAUGGUUGGCGCUUACGUUGCCAUGCGUAAGAGACAAAAGAAGGAUGAAGCAAACAAGAAGCAAUUCUCCCACGUCACUCCUCGUACCCUUCUUGGUAUUGUUCGUCUCUCGCAGGCACUGGCACGUCUUCGCUUCAGCGAGGAAGUUGUCCGCGAGGAUGUUGAUGAGGCUCUCCGUCUCAUUGAGGUCAGCAAGGCUUCUCUGUACAACGAUGGCGAGUCUGGAGUCGACCACACUCCUAGCAGCAAGAUCUACAAGUUGAUUGGUAGCCUGCGUGAGAGUGGUGCUGCCGCAAUGGGAGAGGGCGAUGACAGCGAAAUGAGCAUCAGACGUAUUCGCGAACGUGUUUUGGCCAAGGGCUUCACCGAUGAUCAACUCACUACUACCCUGCAUGAGUAUGCCGAGCUUGGUGUCUGGCUUAUUACCGGCGAGGGCUCGCGUCUUGUUUUCGUCGAGGGUGACGACGAGAUGGUUGCCUAA